UUUUUGAUUUUAUAAGCCCGCACACACAAAACUUUAUUUCUCAAUCUCGACUUCCUUUACUUACUAACUCUUCUACUUACCUUUUCUACAAAAUAUAUAUUUUUGUGAGGGAAAUGAGAGAGAUUCUUUUUGCAAUUCUAGCAAACCAGCUUCCCCUCCAACUAAACAACCAACCACUUCUUUAUUUACUUGGUCGUCAUCGGCUGGUUAAUAGAGAGAAGAAAAGGACCUACUAUUCGAUUGAGAUUAAAGGAAGUAAAAAAAAUAAGAGGAGAAGAGGAGAGAGACUUUCCUAAACAGCCUAUCUUCUCUAUUAUCUACCUAGUCUCCUUGUUUUCUUUGGUUCAUCCAUCCAUAGGACAUGAUGUUGUGGAGGGGGAAGUCAGUCAGUUCGUCGUUUAUCUUUUUCUUUCUUCACCUUAAAAAAUUUUUUUUUUCUUAAUUUUUAUGUCGAUAAAACACUCAGACAAUUGCUGUAUAUUUAAUGGGUAAAAUAAAAAAAAUUAAGUGUGCGCGAGAAUAAAAUUAAAAAAUUGCUUUAAGUGUUACUUUAAAUUGUCGACAGGUGUAUAAUAAAAUAUAUAAAAUUAUAUUUAAAAUUUUUUGACGGACAAAAAUAAUUUUAUGUUUUAAUAAUUAAUUUAAUUUGACAAUUUUCUUGUUAAUAAUUUAAUAAUUAUAACUAAAUUUAUACCAGAAUUAAAUUAAAACAGGCGGAAUUAAAUUAAAACAGGCGGAUUUUUUUAACUUUCUUCGUUAACAUUGUUUUGUAUUUAAACAUCUGUUUUUGUUUUGAUUUUAUCAGAAUAAAAGCAGAUGUUUUAAUUCCGCCUGUUUUUAAUUUAAUUGUGGUUUAAAUGUUUUUUAUGUUUGUAAUUUUAGGGUCAAUUGUUUUAUAUAAAUUCUGAUUUUGUUUGUUGUUAGGACAUGUUUUUUGUUUAAUUUCGCUUGUUUUAAUUUAAUUUUGAUUUUCAUAUUAUAUCUUCUUAUUUUUAUUUGUUUUAUGUAAAUUCUGAUUUUGUUUAUUGUUGGAAUGCUUGUUUUGAUUUAAUUCUGGUUUAAUUAUUUUAUUUAAUUUCGCGUCAUGUUUUAAUUUUAUUCUGAUUUUGCUUGUUUUGCUGGUUUUAAUUUCGUUUGUUUUAAUUUUAUUCUGAUUUUUAUAUUUGCCUAUUUUGUAAAUAUGUAUUUCUUCCUCAAUUUAUUGCACUUUAAAAAUAUUUUUGCCCUUUCUCGGGUGACACAGGUCAUCACCAUUCUUGUUGUGUGGCCUUUUAUUUUUCCGAAUCUCAAAAAUCAUCAAAAAUUAAUAAAUAAUCUA